CUCUAACUAUCAGACUCAACCAAACAGAAACUUUAUCAAAUAUGACUGAAAUUUCGGUUGCGAAUGAAGCUAUAAACACCCCUAGUCAAGAGUGUAACGAAGACACCGACUUCUCCAUCAGAAGAAACAAAUGAAAAGGACAGGUGUUAGCAAAUAAGGGUGAUGCUUCUACUGAUUGAACCCCUACUUUUAAUGAUGUGGACGAGAACUUUAGUUCUGCCAUAGGAUUAGCUUCUCUGACCGUCAAAACUUCUCUUACUUUUAAGAAACCUACUAAUCAAGAAUCUAAAACUCAUUCCUUCGAUGAGGAUACUCAGUGUGAAUCCUUCACUGACAGUGAUGGAGAUGUCACCCUAGAAGAUAAUGAGUGUAUGAUGAGCGAAGAAGAGUACGUCGAUCUCAUGGAGAAGACCUUCUUCCUCGUGAAAGAUGCUUUGGAUAGAAGAUUUAGGCCUCUUCUAUCCCCUACUAUUUUGAAGAACAAGAUGUACUCCAUUCUUAGGAAGAGUCCAGUACUUGUUGAGCCAGACCUCCUGUUUGAAGAAGGAGCUCUGGAGAAGUCUAUCACGAUGAAGAGAACGAGGUCCCACCCUACUACCCCCCUCUGAAACAGGAUGGUGUCUAUUCAUGCAAAUAGAAAGAUCUAUUUUGAUUCGAUGAAGAAGGCGUCGAGUGUAAGAGGACAAAAGGAAUCUCAGAUCUCAGCCCUUUUCAGUUUUCUGAGAAAGGAAUAA